AUGGCGAAUGAUGCUGCUCUAAGGUCAACUAUAGUAUCGCUAGCUGUGAUCAUAGUGUUGGUUGGGAUAUGCACGUUAUCUUUGAAGAAAAUGAUAAUAACUUAUGCGUUUGGGAUGGUUGGGAUUUCUGGGAUACUUUUGCCUGACUGGGAUUACUUCGAUCGUGAUUUUUCUCGCUGGUAUUAUCCGGCUACUGCUGAAGAAAGAGCAGGUCUUCCUGCUCGAAGAACUGGAUUAAAAAGGUAUAGGAUCUACUCCAUGAGAGUGAUUAUUUACACCCCAAUUUAUGGCUUCGGCCUGUACAAGUGGUGGACUUUCAUAUUAAGUUAA